CUGAUAAAUUUAGACGGAAACUGGAAGAACUGGAGAAAGAGAAAAAUUCUUUAAAAUUUCAGCUUCCUUCAAGGCAUCCUUCAAUUAACAGUUUUUUGGAUAGGUUCAUUACCCAAGUUCAAGACGCAUUGCGUUGGGCUGCUGAUUGUCGGGUGAGGCAUGAAGAAACCCAGCCUUGGCACGAAAAUGAACAUAAAGUUUUGAGAUCCACGAGGAUGCAGAUUUUGGCCGCAAAACGAAACCACCUUUCUCAAGAAAAGAAAUGGUUACAGAAAGAAAUUGAAGACCUCCGAGCAAGACUGACCAUGUUAGAAGCAAAAGAUCAACAGCUAAGAAGAGAAAUCGAAGAACAAGAUAGACUUAUUCAGUCACAGGACUGUGAACUGACUGCUUUACUUGGCUGCAUUUCUUUGAAAGAGCUACAGGAAAUAAGUAAGGCUGUCGAUGACACUUUAGCAUCCUCCUAUCAAAUUCCAUUCAGUCUGGAUCUUCCAGGGACAAUAAAGAGCCUUCAGGAAAAAGAACAGUCGUUCAGCAUGUCCAUCAAAGAAACUACUGCCAAA